AAAAAUCCAGACCACGAUUUAUUCCAAUUAUAGAACUCACGCGUCUUCAUAAACAUUACCCUCUUCCUUUUUUUGUUUUCCUCUUUGAAAUUCUCAGUUUUUGAUUUUUUUUUUCUUUGCUUAUAACGGAGAGACCCUCUCCUUUAAUUUAGUUUUUCUUCUGGGUUCCUCCGCGAAAAAAAACCCUUUUAAUCUUCUUCAUACGUCCAAGAAAUCAUACGAGGACGAGAUCUUCCUAACGUCUUUGAUCUUCUUCAAUAGGAAAUAAUUCUGAUUUGGUCGAAGAUGUUGGGGGAUUUCAUCAUCAGACUCCUUGUAUUAAUACUAGGGUACACAUACCCAGCAUUCGAAUGCUUUAAAACGGUGGAGAAGAACAAAGUUGAUAUCGAGGAACUCAGAUUUUGGUGCCAAUACUGGAUACUGUUGGCGCUGAUUUCAUCAUUUGAGAGGGUUGGCGAUAUAUUUAUAUCAUGGUUACCGUUGUACGGAGAAAUGAAAGUGGUCUUCUUCGUAUAUCUCUGGUACCCUAAAACAAAGGGAACGAGACAUGUGUACGAAACAUUGUUGAAGCCUUACAUAGCUCAACAUGAGACAGAGAUUGACAGAAAGAUUAUGGAGUUGCGAGCUCGAGCUUGGGAUUUCUUCAUCUUCUACUUCCAUAACUUUGCACAGGCUGGUCAAUCCACCUUGAUUCAGGCUUUUCAGUACGUACUCGCUCAAUCGGUCCGGUUCUCUGCCGCAGCUAACCAACCGCCAAUGGAGCCGAAAGUGAACGUGAAAACGCGGUCACCAGUGGAGACGGAAAGUGAGACGUACUCACCUCCGGCUCCAAGACCGUUGAACAAAUCGCUAUCUGCGUUACGAUCGUUAGAGAAGCAAACAAGCAGGGGAAGGAAAUGGCCACCACCGACACCACCACCAACACCAGGCCGAGACGCAGCCGGAGCAUUCAACGGAGAGGAUGGAGCCAGCAUCCCCGAUACAAUCCCGGGAUCACCCCUCACCGACGCUCGAGCUAAGCUUCGCCGUUCUAACUCCAGGUCGCAGGCCGCAGCAUAGUAACGUACAUAAACGUGACUCGAGAUAACUGAUUCUAAUUUGUUAAAAGAUAUAUAUAGGGAAAGGAAAAAGAAGGAAGUGAAAAGUUUUGAAAUGUUUUAAAAAAACAAAACAGAUUGAUUUUGUUUUCUGUUACUUGUGUUUUUGUAAAUUGAAGCAGAAAGUAUUAAAUACAGCGACAAUAUUUGUGUUUGUAUUCGCUUGAUAUUAUCAUCGAAGUCCCUUCUAACUCCGGCUAAUGAAGCUUUCUUUCGGAUUUUUCGGUUCUUAGAUGGAAGGUAGAUCAUUUGUUGAUUAUA